AUGGGGCACAGCAGCAGAGUGCACUGGUACAUUACGUACGGCGAUCGAGUGCUGAAUCCUUUGGAUGACACCGGCUUCCCCGCCGAUAUCACCUUGAAACGCUUUGUUGAGCGACUUUACGCAUGGACCGGCGUGCCACCGGCUCAGAUGCGCGUAGUGCUACGUAGCAAAAACGGCCAAGAGCUGGUUCUGGACUCCGAAACUAUCUCGUGUGCCGAAGCAGAGACGCUCACGUUGGCGUCUGUCGACUCGCGUCUCCCGGAGCCUGUGCACAGCGCAGAAGUGAUCGCCACUGGGCUCGUAAACCCGACAGCGAGUACUGCUGCCUGCUGCAAAGACACUCAUGAUGGCUCAGACGACGAAGUUAGCUACGAAAUUAGUGAAAGCACAUACGCUACUCGUCUGGACACAUACAGGGCCAAGAAGCAACAGCUGUGGGCGGCAGGUCGCAGCCAACUGGCCGUAUCCCUGCGUCCCGGCUUGCGAUGUAGUCUGCGAAACUCCAAUCGCAAAGGCCACAUUGCCUAUGUGGGACCUGUUCCCGCACUGACGAUCGCUGGUGAUGACACUUGGAUCGGCGUCAUUCUCGAUGAACCGAACGGAAAGAACGAUGGCACUGCACCAGACGGCACGCGCUACUUUGAAUGCACUGCGAAUCACGGGCUCUUUGUGCGUCCAGAACGAGUCCAAGUGUGCACAGACGACGCUGAGCAUCCAAUCGACAGUGCGGCAACGACGAAAACGGAUACAGACGGGAUUCCUCUGGAAAUCUAA